UCCACAGAGUUUCUUCUGUUUGUACCUUAUAUAUUUGAUCACAAUUCACAAACAACUACGGUUCUAUGCUAGUAUACAAACAACGUUGGUUUGUUUUGGGAGAUCAUUCCAAGUUCCAACAUUGUAAAAACAAACCAAUGUUUAUUGCUCUAACCAAUCAGCGGACAAUCCCACCUAUGGUUCUUUGGCCGGCCAGCCGCCUGGUUCUCAAGUAAAAAAUAUCCAAAAUUCAUAUUCAUUGUUGACCAUACGGAAAACACCCUCGAAGAACUAAGAACUGAACAGACUAUACUAUAAUUUCAAUACAAAAGAGAUACCAAUUUACAGAGUAAACGAAAACAAGGGAGUAUGGCACUAAGGGGUCGAAGCUACCAGCUCUACGCCGGGACAGUGACAAUUUUAGCUCAUUUGAUAGCCAUAACGGUGACUGUCCUAGUGCUAGUUUGGCUCCUCAAGUUUCAAGGAGGCUUGGCCUUCAAAUCCGGAAACAAAUCCAAGAUAUUCAAUUUACAUCCUUUCCUGAUGGUGGUUGGGCUUGUAAUUAUUGGAGGAGAAGCUAUCAUGGCAUACAAGACAAUGCCAGGAACAAGGAGAGCACACAAAGGGCUGCACAUUAUACUACAUCUACUAGCUUUGCUGGCUGGAAUUUUAGGGACUUGUGCAGUGUUCAAGUUUAAAGAUGAAACUGGUACCAAAGAUUUUGUCACCUUACACACCUGGCUCGGCAUUAUCGCCAUCUCCGCAUACGGUUCGCAGUUCCUGUUAGGUUUCUUUACCUUUUUCUUCCCGGGAGCUGCAAUGCCAACAAGAGCAAACAUCCUACCAUGGCACACAUUUUUUGGGAUGGUGAUCUUUCUGCUGGCGGUAUGCGCUGCUGAGACAGGGCUGCUCCAAAGAUUCAGUGACUUACGCUUGAGGUUGAACCAAGAAGGACUCAUAGUAAACUUCACAGGGCUGUUGAUCUUCCUCUUUGCCGUGACUGUUACUCUCUCUGCCAUCCUACCAAGAGGUCCUUAUUAGUACUCAAAUUCCUUCUUCCAAGUUUUCAUG